AUGUGGCUCCCCUCCCGCCGGCAGCUGUGCUGGGCCUUCCUGGUGGCCUCCCUCUUCUCGGCGGCCUCCUUCUUCCUCCACCUGUGGAAAGGCAGCCUCCCCCGCAGGCUGGCGUUCUCGGCUCUGUGCCAGCGGCAGUGCCCGGGCCUGACCCAGGUGGCCCUCUUCUGCCUCCCGGGGACGCCGCGAGACCCCAAUGGCUCUUUGGGCCUCCCCAGCCCGGCGGCGGAGGCCGAGCCUGGCCCGCGGGGCAUCUGGACGAUCCGGCCGGAGGGGCGCUUCGGGAACCAGAUGGGCCAGUACGCCACCCUCUAUGCGCUGGCCAAGCUCAACGGGAAGCGGGCCUUCAUCCUGCCGGACAUGCACGCCACGCUGGCCCCGGUCUUCAGGCUGGGCCUGCCGGUGCUGGACGCGGAGGCGGCGGCGCGGGCGCGCUGGGCCCUCUACCCUCUGCAGGACUGGAUGGCGGAGGACUACGCGCGCCUGGGCGGCCACGACGUGCUGCAGUUCACCGGCUUUCCCUGUUCCUGGACCUUCUACCACCACCUCCGGGCCGAGAUCCGGAGAGAGUUCUCCCUGCACGCCCACGUCCGGGAGGAGGCCCAGGCCUUCCUGCACUGGGUGCGCUACAGCCAGGGCAGGGGCGGCCGCCUCACCUUUGUGGGGGUCCACGUGCGCCGGGGGGACUACGUGGAGCUGAUGCCCAGCCAGUGGCGCGGCGUCGUGGCCGACCGGGCCUACCUGGAGCAGGCCCUGGACUGGUUCCGGGCUCGCUACGCCGACGCCGUCUUCGUGGUCACCAGCAAUGGCAUGAAGUGGUGCCACGAGAACGUGGACGGCUCCAGGGGCGACGUGGUGUUUGCGGGCGACGGAGACGAGGCGGCCCCCGGCGCCGACUUCGCGCUGCUCGCUCAGUGCAACCACACGGUCAUGACCAUCGGCACCUUCGGCUACUGGGCUGCCUACCUGGCCGGCGGCGACACCGUCUACCUGGCCAACUACACCCUCCCCGACUCCCAGUUCCUGCGUGUCUUCAAGCCCCAGGCAGCCUUCCUGCCCCAGUGGGUGGGCAUCGAGGCCGACCUGUCCCCCCUCCUGCCCUGA